AUGGCAGAAGAUUUAUCGAUCAAUAAAAAUAAGAUUUUUGCCCGGCGGUACGGCAACAGCAACAACGACAUUUGCCGCCUGUGCCUCAAGAAUGAGGCCCACAUGGAACCGCUGUUCUACGCGAAUCUGUUCCCCAACAUUUUGCUGACGAAAAAAAUCUACGACUGCACCUCGAUUCAGAUCCUGUACGAGCGCAAUCUGCCGAUGUUCAUCUGCAAGCUGUGCGCCAACAAGCUGGACGAGUACGUGCGCUUCCGGGAGCGCUGCAUAGCGAACGAUGAGUUUCUGCGCAACGCCCUGGCCGCGUUCGAUAUGGCCGGAAGCUGUGGGCCGGGCCCGGCCGGCAGUGUGCCGAUGAUCAAAAUGGAACCAGAAGACACGCCACCACCAGCGGCGAAGUGGCCUAUGGAGCUGAACUGUGCCCUGGUGGCGGCAGCGACGGCGGCCGCCGCCACCCACGGGCACCAGGCACCCGCCACCGGGCACAAACAGGAACCGCCGGAUGAGGAACCGAUGGACCGAUCGGAGUUUGGCUGCGAGGAAGACCCGCUGGAAGCUGGCUGUCGCACUCGGCUGUCCGGCGAGGAAGACGGGGAGGAGGAGGACACCCUGGAGGGUGAAGAGGAGGACGAUGAUGGCGGGCGGUACGUGUGCGAGGUGUGCCCGAAAUCGUUCAAAAUCCGCCACCAUCUGCACAGUCACACGCAUCUGAACCAUCAACCCUCGGUUCCUCCUUCGGGCGGCGGCGGCGUCGGGAUCAGCGGCACGGACGGUGGCAAGCAGGCAUCGUACGCGUGCCCGAAGUGCGCCAAAGUGUUCGUCAACCGGGGCAACUUGCUGAACCACCUGGAGACGCACACGAACGAGAAGAGUUACGCUUGCGACAUCUGCUCCAAAUCGUUCAAGUACAACGUGCAGCUGCGGCUGCAUAUGCGCAUCCACACCGGGGAACGGCCGCACAAGUGUGAGAUCUGCAACCGCGGCUUCUCGCAGCUGUCCAACCUGAGGUCCCACCGGAAGACGCACUCCAAAGUCAAACCGUACAAGUGCCAUUUGUGUCUGAAGAGCUUUACCGUGGCGGACAACCUGACGGCGCACAGUGCCAAGUGCCUGAAGGACAAGUUCCGGUGCACGCUCUGCUCGAAAUCGUUCGCCAAGGAGGGCAACCUCCUGUCGCACCUGCAGUCCCACAGCGAGGGCAUCGUCGAGAAGAUGUUCAAGUGCGAGAUGUGCCCCAAGAGUUUUAAGAAUAAGGAAGACUGGAAGCGGCACGUGCGCGUGCACACGGGCGAAAAGCCGUACACGUGCGAUAUCUGCUCGAAGGGGUUCGCCCAGAAGGCGAACCUGUUGUCGCACCGGAAGACCCACCUCAAGCCGACCGUCGUCUUCAGGUGCGAUCGGUGCGAUCGGACGUUCCGGUCGCAGAAAGUGCUCGAGGUGCACCGGCCCAAGUGUACCGGUGAAUCGGCCCCGUCCGACCAGGACUCGCCCAGUCCGGUACUGGCCAGCACACCCCCCGGGGCGACGACGACGACCGGGGCGACGACGACCGGGGCGGCGAUGACUGACUCGACGCCACCGACCCUAUCGGAGGCGCUGUCGGACCUGUUGCGCUACGAGAUCGCUCUGAGGGCGCCGCUCGAACUGCAACAGAUGUUGCUGGGACACAUGGACCGGAAGAGCGCCGGCGGUGGGGUGGCAACCACGGUAGGUGGCCACCACGGUAAGGCCAGCACGGGGCGUCGCUAUCGGUGCGACGUGUGCUUCAAGGGUUACUCGCAGUAUCCUUCGCUGAUCAAGCACCGGAAGCUGCACUUCAAGGUGCCACCGCUGGUGAAGGUGCUCGCUUCGAAGGCUGCCGCUGCUGCCCGCCCGUACAGCUGUGAUAUUUGUGGUAAGACCUUUAAAUACAAUCGCAACCUGAAGGUUCACGCGAAGCUGCACAUCCGAGCGAACCGUUUUAAGUGUGACAAGUGUCCGAACACCUUUGCACAGGCGGAAGCUUUGAGGCACCAUCUGCGCACCCACCCGAUCGCUGCCGAGAGGACGUUCAGCUGCGAGUUCUGUUCGAACCUGUUCCGCUCGAAAGAGGAUCUGAACCGGCACCGCCGUUCGCACACCGGCGAGCGCCCGUUCCGCUGCCAGCGCUGCCCGAAAGCCUUUACUCAACUCUCGAACCUGCGGGCCCACGCGAGGAUCCACGAACGCAAGCAGACCGCGUACGGUGAUGUGGUGCACAUGCAGCAAAUCCUUACACCGCUCGGCACUCCGUUCGAGGACCCGGACGGCGAUGCCGGCAGUCCCAGUUCGGACGGUGCCGAGAUGGAAGCCCACGACGGACGCAACAAUCGAAGAGGAUCAAACAGCAAACCUUCACCGGUGGGAAAGAGCCGAUCGGGGCCGACCGGGGUGGCACGGGCACGACGCCCAAACGGUCGCCUGGUCGGGGCGGGCGGCAAAAAGACUUCGCCACGCAAGCAGGUUUCGAUGAUCCCGUCACAGCAGCAGGAGGUCAUACUAAUCGAUGACGAUGAGCAGCAGCAGCAGCAGCACAACAACGGGAUGGAGCUCAACGGAGCUGGCAGCAGCGGGUUGGACGCUAGUGGCAAUGCGCUGCACCGACAGCUGCUGCAACAGAUCGAGGAAAGUGAAGCGAACUCGCUCGGCCCGAAGCUGUACCCGUGCGAGAGCUGCUCGCAAACGUUCGCCCAUCUCAACAACCUGAAGGCCCACAUCUACGCCGAGCACGACAACGACAAGCCGUUCAAGUGCAAGCUCUGUCCCAUUUCGUUCAAAACGAAGGAGAUCCUCGUAAUGCAUAUGCUGCUACACUCACAGCACAGUAGUACAAUUUAAGGGCUCACCACAGCUGCGUGUAGCUGCCGUGUAGCUGAUCACCGCCUCGCCCGUAGCGCGGCGAGCGCUAACUAACCAUGUGCCAACCCCCAUCUCGAUCGUGUGAUCCCCAUAUUGGAGUAGCACGCCGCCGCGCACCGCGGAGGACAGAUUUCACAAACAGACGACGACGAAGCAGGAAAGAGGAAAACCCAACUGAGAGCUUCCCUACUACUACUAUCAUUACUAGCGACGAGGAGUAACGUAGCACGUAUCCAUGCUCGGCGCACGUGGCGCCCAGCGGCCGUGUUCCCGCGUUUUUUCCUACAAAUUGACCCGUGUUUUGUAGUGCCUUUCCCCAGCGCUCCGGUGGUGCUUUGUUAUUUCUUUUAGGCGUUAAGUUGGUUCCCAUCCAAUGGGAACGGGUUCGUUUGUCGAUGCAGCGCAGCGCAGCGCAACCGUCGUAAUCUUCAUCAUCACAGUGUUGCCUUCCAUGCCGAAUUGGCCCAGUUUGGCGUGUUUAUGUUUAUUCUUGUUUUUUCUUUUUAACUCGGUAAGGUUCGAAUCGCCCCACACUCGUUACAAAUCAUACCGCUCGGUACUG